AUGACCAAACUCAGCUUCAAGACUAUCACACUCGCGGCUUUGGUAGCCGUUGGGAGUGCCUCUCCGGUUCUCUAUCCCCGAGCAACCGACUCAAACAGUAAAUACGUCUUCACCAACUCGCAUGGCUUGAACUUCACCCAGAUGAACACGACGCUCCCUAAUGUCACCAUCCUCGCAACCGGCGGCACCAUCGCCGGCUCCAGCGCCGACAACACCGCCACAACAGGCUACAAGUCCGGCGCGAUCGGCAUCCAGAAGCUCAUGGACGCCGUCCCCGAGAUGCUAAACGUUGCCAACGUCGCCGGCAUCCAAGUCGCCAACGUCGGCAGCCCCGACGUGACGUCUUCCCUUCUGCUCCGCAUGGCCAAGACCCUCAACGAGGUCGUCUGCGACGACCCCACCAUGAGCGGCGCCGUCAUCACCCACGGCACCGACACGCUCGAGGAGACGGCCUUCUUCCUCGACGCCACAGUCAACUGCGGCAAGCCCAUCGUCGUCGUCGGCGCCAUGCGGCCCGCAACCGCCAUCUCCGCCGACGGCCCCUUCAACCUCCUCCAGGCCGUGACCGUCGCCGCGCACCCCACCGCACGCAACCGCGGCGCACUGGUCGUCCUGAACGACCGCAUCGUCUCCGCCUUCUACGCCUCCAAGACAAACGCCAACACCAUGGACACCUUCAAGGCCGUCGAGAUGGGGAACCUCGGCGCCGUCGUCUCCAACAAGCCGUACUUCUUCUACCCGCCCGUCAUGCCCACCGGUAGGACCAUCUUCGACGUGCGCAACGUCGCCUCCAUCCCACGGGUCGACAUCCUCUACUCGUACCAGGAUAUGCACAACGAUACGCUCUACGACGCCGUCGACAACGGCGCAAAGGGCAUCGUCAUCGCCGGCUCCGGCGCAGGAAGCGUCUCAACUACCUUCUCUGCCGCCAUCGACGACAUCACCUCCACCCACUGCCGCCUCCCUAUCGUCCUAAGCUCCCGCACAGGCAACGGCGAAGUCCCCCUCACGGACAGCACAACCACAAUCGAGAGCGGCUUCCUGAACCCGCAGAAAGCGCGCAUCCUGCUCGGUCUGCUGCUUACCGAGAACAAGGGGUUCAAGGAGAUCAAGGAGGCGUUUGCGAAGAAUGGGGUUGCCUGA